GGUAACAGAACAUACUAUCUUACUGCACAGACCUGUGUUGAGGCACUAGGACACUAUUUGGCUGGACUCUGAUAUAGAACGUGAGAGGGAACACUGAUCUGUCAUGAAGGAGCCUGAACAGGGUAUCAGGGAGACGAUGGCAGGUCAAAGUCAACACGGCAUGAACCCACACUUGCCGACUGAGCCACACAACAGCACAACAGACAGCGCCGGUCUAGAGCUGGUGCUUAAAGUGAGAAUUCAGGAUUCCAGAGAAAAUGACUUCAUUGAAAUUGAGCUGCCCAGACAAGAGUUAAGUUACCACAACCUACUCCAGGUGAGCUGCUCUCAACUGGGGAUCCCCCCAGAACAAGUGGAGAAGAUGAGGAAGCUGCCAAACACACUGCUCCGGAAGGACAAAGACAUUCAAAGACUCCAGGACUUUCAGGAGAUAGAACUCCUCUUGGUGAAGAGUGGAAACCCUGACUGGACUCAGCACACAGCAUUACCUCGGACAGAGACACCAUGCUACAAUAGUAAUGCUGCCAAAAUGACUUACUAGCUCCAGAAGGGUCUGCAGUAAUUUUGUCAAUAAUGAGGCUAGGCCCACGUGACAAUCUGGCUAACCACAAUGAACUUUGGAAAAAAUGUCAUCUGCAACUUCUUAGUAGGAACUGUUUCACAAGCUCAUGGCACCCAUGGGGCCAAGUUUAUUCUGAAGUGCUGAAGCCCAAUACUGACAUCUGACUGAGUUACAUGCACGGAUGCACGCCCAGCUUCAUUUACCUAUCCAUUGGAGUGACUUAUGAUCUGAGUAAAUUAACUUCUCCAGCCCGA